AUGAUAAGGAGUCGUUCAUCAUCACAGUCGUUCAUCUCCGUGCAGGUCGAGGAGCCGGCCGACGCCGGCACAGGCAUCCGUCCGAACCGGCUGACCAGCAUCAGUCGGGCCGCUGUGCGCGCACGCAAGUACUCGACCAGCAUCAAGAAGAGAGUCCAACUGACGACAAAGGGCAAAAUGUACCGUGUCCUGGUGGAGUGGAUCGGCAAGCCUAUCGCUAUUCUAAUCUUGCUCUACUUCUUCAUCUGCUCACUGGAUCUGAUGAGUUCCGCCUUCAGGUUACUUGGAGUUCUGCAAGUGGAGCCGGCCAUUUUCAUCGUGAUGGGCGCCAACAUCGGCACAUCGGUCACCAACACCAUCGUCUCUGGCCCAGUCCGGCAACCGAAACGAGUCCGUCGGGCCUUCGGAGCCGCUACCAUCCACGACAUGUUCAACUGGCUGGCGGUGAUCUGCCUACUGCCGCUGGAGUGCGCUACUAAGUAUCUGUACCACUUCACCCAGGCUAUCGUCGAUGGGUUAAACGUGACUACCACUGAGGGGUCCAAGGUGGAGCUACUGCGCGUGCUCACCAAACCCUUUGCCAAGAAGAUCAUUGACAUCGACAGUAAAGUUGUGGCCAAGAUCGCUCUUGGGACGAUCGAUCCAAGCGAAGCCAAACUCCUCAAGGAAUGGUGUAAAAAGGAGAAGAUAGCGGUGCUGGCUAACACCACUAUGCCGCCACCUACGGCAGCUGCAACGGCCGGGGUCGCUGGCUUUACGGAGAACCCGGGCAUGGUCACGGAGUACAUAGAAGUUGGAGUGGAGAGAUGUUCAUACCUAUUUGCCAACACCGGUUUGUCUGAGAGAGGCGUGGGCGCCAUUCUCCUCAUCCUGACGCUCAUCCUUCUAUGCACAUGUCUCCUCCUCAUGGUCAAACUCCUCAACUCCAUCUUGAAGGGCCGUAUGGCAAGCGUCAUCAAGCGGGUCAUCAACGCCGACUUCCCCCAUCCGUUCGGCUGGCUGUCCGGUUACCUUGCUAUACUGGUGGGGGCCGGGGUGACCUUCCUCGUACAGAGCAGCUCCGUCUUCACCUCGGCUCUGACUCCCUUAGUCGGUUUGGGUGUGAUAACCUUGGACCGCGUCUACCCGAUGACUCUAGGCUCUAACAUUGGUACCACGGCUACAAGCUUGCUCGCCGCCAUGGCUAGCUCAGGGGACAAGCUCAAGAAUAGCAUCCAGAUCGCUCUAUGCCACCUCUUCUUCAACAUCAGCGGCAUCUUGAUCUGGUAUCCAGCACUGGGCAACACCACAGCCAAGUACCGCUGGUUUGCCAUCUUCUACCUAAUCAUCAUGUUCUUCUUGCUGCCGCUGUUCGUCUUCGGGAUGUCUCUGAUCAGCAUCUGGCUCCUGCUUGCCAUUGGCCUUCCCGUCCUCCUCCUCCUCAUCUCAUCGUCAUCGUCAACAUCUUGCAGCACAAGAAACCCGAGGUUCUCCCAAGAAGCUCCGUACCUGGGACUCUCUGCCCCUAUGGAUGCACUCCUUGGCACCCUUAGACCGUCUUAUCACCAGAAUCCUCCAUACCCUGACCCGAUGCUGUCCUU